GUGCCGUAACGCAGCCGCUCGCGCCGGCGCGACUCUGCCGUGCGCCGCGGCCGCCGGGGGACGCGGGCGAUGGCCGCCUUGCGGCCCCGUAGGAGGGCUCUGGUCUCUCCGCUCUGCCGCGCCUUCUCUGGACCAGGCUGUCGGCUCGCUCCCGAGCGAGCUGGGGAGCGCAGGGAUACGGCGCCGAGCCGGGUCUCAGGAUUCUGCCCUCCAAGAAAAUCUUGCCAUGAUUGGAUAGGACCCCCAGACAAACAUUCAAACCUUCGACCUGUUCAUUUUUACGUCCCCGAAAAUGAAUCACCAUUGGAACAAAAGCUACGAAAAUUAAGACAAGAAACACAAGAAUGGAACCAACAGUUUUGGGCAAACCAGAAUUUGACAUUCUGUCGGGAAAAAGAAGAAUUUAUUCGCUCAAGACUAAAAGCUAAAGGCCUGGAACUGAGAACCGGAUCAGGUCAGAAAGCAACAUUAGAUGCAGAAGAAAUGGCUGACUUUUACAAGGAAUUUUUAAGUAAAAAUUUUCAGAAACACAUGUGUUAUAACAGAGACUGGUACAAGCGUAAUUUUGCCAUCACCUUCUUCAUGGGAAAAGUGGCCCUGGAGAGGGUUUGGAACAAGCUGAGACCAAAGCAAAGGAAGACCAGCACUUAGGAGCCCACCCUGACCCCCCACUGGUGUCCCGAGUUUCCACCAGAAGCAGCUGCUUGAGCGGUUCAUUUUACAAGGGCUCUGAAAACCUGUACGUGAACGGACGCCCGCACCUCCCCUGUGGGGGCCCUUGGCUUGUGUCAGGACAGGGUGGACCGGGAGAACGGGGGUCCUGGUGAGCCGUAGGCCGUGUGACUCUCCCGACUGUGGAUCCCAAGCUGGCCCUGGGUCACGGACAUGCUAUUAAAUAAAACCAGUGUUUUUGUGUA